CUUUCCGUUGCAUCAGUCCAGAGUCAGAUUUCUUUCAGAUCAAGAACGCUUGCAGGGAUAUUUCUCGGUUGAGUCGUCUCAGUUCUAGUGUGGUUGAUAAUCAAAUAUAAAACAAUUAAGUGUUAAUUGUUUACAAUCUCGGUUAAAUCAAAUAAUUAUAGGGGCUACAACAGUCAACAUGUUGAAGUUUUUGUGUGUUUUAUUGAUCGCAGUUUCCAUUACGAGUGGAUUACCAGCAGAUGAUGUACCGCAAAAGGACUUGAAAAUUCAACAAUCUGUCCCUAGUCCUGCCGCACAAGAACCAGUUCCUGCAACUUCAUUGAAGACCGACGCUGAACACGCUGGUGAUGAAACAUUGAGCGGAGCAGAUAAUAAAGAUGAGAGUUUAGAUCGAUCAGAAACUAUUUGGGGAUUCGGCUUUGGACGGCCAUAUUACGGCGGAUGGGGUGGAUAUAGAAGUUAUGGAGGAUAUGGCGGAUGGGGCGGAUAUGGCGGAUGGGGUGGAUACGGCGGUUGGGGUCGAGGUUACUAUGGAGGCUGGCGAAGACCAUACUACGGAUAUUGGGGCUGGUAAUUGAAUUUCAACCGUUUUCAGAGGAAAUCGGUUCGAAUUUGACAAUUAUUUGAUAUUAUUUAAAAUAUAUUUGUAGAUAUUGAAAUCAUAUGCUGGGAUCGUCUAUGAGACCUGCAUUCAGAAGAAUAUGAUUAAGGACAACUGUUUUUGAAUAAAAAAUUUAGAAACUCCAAA